AUGGCCGAGCUCCAAGACGACCACUGCCCCGAGGGGUACGAUCUCGACUCCCGCGCCGGCGCUGUCGCCGACGCCGAACCAGUCGACAUCGAGAUCCGCCGCUCGCGGGCAGGGCUGGGGGCGGAGGAGCCAGUGUUGGCUCCAACGUCGGCGCUGGCGCCGGUGGAGAAGCCUCGGGAGGUGUCGAAGCGGGAGCGUAGGCAGCAGGAGGAGAUGGCAGUAGAGCUAAGGGCGCGGAAGAGCACGCAGUGGAAGGGCCGGAGGGUGGUGUGGGAUUACCGCAAGGCCGAGAGGGCACUCGCGCAGCUGGAGAACCGGGAGGUGGAGCCACAGGCACCGGAGGGGGAGGAGAAGGAGAAAGGGGCAGAGGAGGAAGAGGAUGUGAUCACUGAAGAGGAUUUGCAGAACAUACUGUCUAAGUUGCGUAAUCAGUACCAGUAUUGCCUUUAUUGUGGAUGCAAAUAUGAAUCACCAGAAGUGCUGGCAAAUGAAUGCCCCGGUCCUGAUAAUACUACCCGGUAUUGUUUGAAAGAGGAGGCCUCCCGGCUCCAGGAUGGUAAAGAUUCUGGGCUUUGGUGGCUCCACUGUGUCAUUGUCCACUGUGUGCAGAGUGCAGUGAACAGUGAAACAUUGGAGGACACGAUACAGAAAGGCGUCAACCGUCGACAUUGA